AUGACUACUAGAGUAAGGCGGAGUUUCAUGUUUAGGGUUCCCAAAUUACAAGAUGAUGAGGAUAAUGACUGGAUUGAGAAUGGAUAUGAGGAUACUGAUGGGUCUCUUUCUGCAGAUCAUAAUGACGGACUUGAUUGUAGAAAAAGGGGUCCCAACCACGGUAGCUACGUUUGUGUAGAUGAAACUGGAAGAAUUCCUUUAACUGUGGGAGACAAUAGAUUCAUUACUAUCUCAGCAUCACGUUCUGUAAGUGCCAAAUUGAAAGCUUACUUGGGAGGAUCUUAUCCUACGUUUAGUUUGGCGCCAGUCGACGCAAAAAAGUUCUUAUGGGAAAGAUUCCAGGUCAAAAGAAGGCUCAGGAAAAUAGUAGGUCUCGAAAUAUAA